CCUUCGGGUAAUCGUUCAAAACAUUCAAGAUCGCGAAUGCAUGGGGCGUUUAAGUACAUGAAUGCAUCGUUAAAUCCACACUAACCAUUCCUGGAUGGGGCGUUCCCACGUCGAAGUUCUGCGCAUUUGCGCGUUCGCGGGCUCAGCCUUCCUCACCGCCUUGGUCGAGUUUUUUCUUGCUGUGGGACGUUCUCACUAAGUCCAAUGUCCUUUUUCAGAAAUAUCUUCGUAAGUUCAUUAUCUUCCAAAAGCGAGCGUAUGCAACACACACGGCGAACUCUCAAGAAUCGUUAGCGCUUUCAAAAUGGCCACUUCUCCGAGUUCGUCAGGCUUGACGGCCGCCGAAGGGCUUGCCGGGUACGAUACAUUGCUAUAUGCGCAGUCAAUCAGCUCCUCCACGGCUCAUACUGAACUGCACCUGCCUUCAAACGUUUCCGGCUAUGCACCUUCCCUCCUUCGCUCCGAAGCAACUCCCACAGAAUCUUCUAUUAGUACGGGUCUAGCAAGUCGACUAUCCGGAUUCCAGCUGCUAGAGGAGGUCGACGGUGUGCUAGAGGUCGUCGGCGUGCUAGAGCUGCGACCGAACUUGCGCAGUCCAGUAUAUGAGUGUACUUUUUGGUUCCUAAGUUGUUGUUAUAUAUCAGCCGACAAGGAGGAAUGGAGGACUCACUGUGCGUCACACUUCCGGGGAGAAGAGCCACCCAAAUCAGUCCAGUGCCCGCUAUGUGAAGAGUUCAAGACGACGUAUGAGGACGGCCACUACGCGUGGAAGGAACGUAUAGAACAUGUCGCGUGGCACCACGAGCUGGGACAGACGCUGAAGACGAGUCGCCCGGACUUUCACCUCAUCCAGCACCUUUGGCAGAAGAGAUUAAUUGGCGACGAUGACUUGAAGGAGCUUAAUGGAGUAUGGCAUUUGUCGAGUAACGAUGGCGGCGUGGAAAACCUUCCUAGUGUUCGAGAACAGAAGACGCCUCUGCGAAUCGUCCCUUCGGACUACAACAGAAAGGUCCUUGCGUGGCUGGAUUCAUUGGACGCACCAGAAUAUCUCGCUACUCAGCGUGAUUCUCCUGCUCCGAAAGAGGUAGACAAGACUGAAGCACUUACCGACGCUGCAAAAGCCGCAAAUACUAAGUAUCAAAUUGAUGAAGACGGUCCGGAUAUAAGACUAGGAACGACUAGUCCUCGAUUGAGCCACUUUAUCUCGGUGAUGGAGCAUCCGCCAUCUCCACCAGUUCGGCAGGAGAUACUACUACCCACUGUGCUAGAAGCACUCCUAGUUGAGCCAUCGCUUAAUCCCUCCCCACCGAAUCCAGAGUCGGAGGCAAUACAGCUACCCACUGUGCUAGAAGCACCCUUAGUUGAGCCAUCGCUUGAUCCCUCCCCACUGAAUCUGGAGUCGCAGGCGGCGAUACGACUGCCCACUGUGCUGGAAGCGCCCUUAGCCAAGCCAUUGCAUGAUCCCUCCCCACCGAAUCUGGAGUUGGAGGCGGCGAUACGACCACCCACUGUGCAGCAAGUACCCGUGAUUAAUCCGUCGCUUGAUCCCUUACCAUUGAGUGCGGAGGAGCUUGAGGCAGAGUUACUUAUACCCGCCGUACUGGAAGCGCAGUCAAUAGAGCCAUCAUUCGAGCCAUCAUCUGUUGAGCCCUCGCGGACAACUUCAGAGGAGUCGAAUGCGCAUAGCAAAAAGAGGAGGAGGGGAACUGAAACACACGAUGUGGAGUCCAGCAAUGUGAUGAGCAAAAAGUGCCUGAAGUCGAGCCGUCAGUUGAGCCCUCGCAGCGGAACUUGGAGGAGCUGCAGAAACAUGGCAAGAAGAGGAGAAGGAGAAGCACGACAUUAGAUGUGGAGGCAGACAAUACGAGAAGCAAAAGGUUGAGGACAGGCGAUGAGAACUUGGGGCGUACUCAGAAAGCUCUGAAAGGAAGGCCUUCAUCAGAUCCACAGGGUGAAGUUUUGGUGGAUGAGCGGUCCAACUCUAUGAGAAGACUUGCUUGUCCAUAUUUCAAACGCACCCCUCAGAAAUACCAAAACAUGAAGUCUUGCCUAGGGCCUGGGUUUACUGCUGUGUCUCGUGUAAAGGAGCAUCUCUACCGGAAGCAUUUGUUGCCUAUACAUUGUCCACGUUGCUAUGAGAUUUUCGAGAACGCAAAGGCAUUGACGGAUCACCAAAGAGCCACGAAAGAAUGUAAGGUCGGCGACAUUAU